UUUUUCGUUAAACAUAAUGUAUAAUGCAUUGCUUCUUAGUUUGACUCUGUGAUAGAAAUGUCAAAACCGCCAUCAUUACGCAUUUCAAGCAAAAUCUCUAGCGAAGCCGACGAGUGUAGGUUUUGCAUUGAAAGAUUUUUGCAGAUAUUAUUGGGAAAGGAAUAGUUUAUCUGUGUAAAACUUUAGUUAUUCGCUCAGAGCGUGAUGUAUGAGAAUGAAGAUGAUCAUUUCGAGGAAGAAGAUCCAGAGGAGAUUUCCCAUGAACUGUGGCAAGAAGCCUGUUGGAUCGUGAUCAAUGCAUAUUUCGAUGAGAAAGGUUUGGUCCGCCAACAGCUGGAUAGUUUUGAUGAAUUUAUUCAGAUGUCUGUUCAGCGAAUCGUGGAAGAUUCCCCAGCAAUUGAAUUGACCGCUGAAGCACAGCAUAACACAGGAGACAUUGAGACACCGACCAGAUAUGUAUUGAAGUUUGAUCAAAUUUAUCUGUCCAAACCAACCCACUGGGAGAAGGAUGGUUCCCCCUCACCAAUGAUGCCUAAUGAAGCCCGUUUACGCAACCUAACCUACUCGGCACCACUGUACGUGGAUAUUACCAAGACGAAGAUCGUUGAAGGUCAAGAUCCCGUUGAAACACAACAUCAGAAAACUUUCAUUGGCAAAAUUCCGAUUAUGCUUCGGUCGACCUAUUGUUUGCUUUCACAGCUAACGGAUCGAGAUUUGACAGAAUUGAACGAGUGUCCACUUGAUCCUGGUGGUUACUUCAUAAUAAACGGUUCGGAGAAGGUUUUAAUUGCACAAGAAAAAAUGGCUACAAAUACGGUAUAUGUGUUUAGUAUGAAAGAUGGCAAAUAUGCGUACAAGUCUGAAAUUCGGUCAUGUCUGGAGCAUAGCUCAAGGCCGACCUCAACACUCUGGUGUAACAUGAUGGCUCGUGGUGGACAAAGUAUCAAAAAAUCAGCAAUCGGUCAGCGUGUGAUCGCAAUAUUGCCCUACGUCAAGCAGGAGAUUCCGAUCAUGAUUGUUUUCCGGGCACUUGGAUUUGUCGCUGAUCGUGAUAUUCUUGAGCAUAUUAUCUAUGAUUUUGACGAUCCCGAAAUGAUGGAAAUGGUCAAACCAUCCCUUGACGAGGCUUUUGUUGUGCAGGAACAGAACGUGGCAUUGAAUUUUAUCGGUGCAAGAGGUGCUCGGCCUGGCGUCACCAAAGAUAAACGUAUCAAGUAUGCAAAGGAAAUUCUGCAGAAAGAAAUGUUACCUCACGUGGGGGUUUCCGAUUUUUGCGAAACCAAAAAAGCUUACUUUCUUGGUUACAUGGUACAUAGACUGCUCCUAGCAGCGCUCGGUCGACGGGAGUUAGAUGAUCGUGAUCACUACGGCAAUAAGCGACUGGAUUUGGCUGGUCCACUGUUGGCUUUUCUGUUUCGGGGUUUGUUCAAAAAUUUAAUGAAAGAAGUUCGCAUGUAUGCACAAAAGUUUAUUGACCGUGGAAAAGAUUUCAAUCUGGAACUGGCAAUCAAGACGAAGAUUAUUACGGAUGGGUUACGUUACUCAUUGGCCACCGGAAAUUGGGGCGAUCAGAAAAAAGCUCAUCAGGCACGAGCUGGAGUAUCUCAGGUGUUGAAUCGAUUGACCUUCGCUUCGACACUGUCUCAUCUGCGUCGCGUCAAUUCUCCGAUUGGUCGCGAUGGUAAAUUGGCAAAACCUCGACAGCUGCACAACACCCUCUGGGGAAUGAUUUGUCCGGCCGAGACACCGGAAGGAGCUGCUGUCGGUUUGGUGAAAAAUCUUGCACUUAUGGCUUACAUUUCGGUUGGAUCGCAACCGUCACCUAUAUUGGAGUUCUUGGAAGAGUGGUCCAUGGAAAACUUGGAAGAAAUCGCUCCGUCAGCUAUUGCUGAUGCUACUAAAAUUUUCGUCAACGGGUGCUGGGUUGGAAUCCAUCGCGAUCCGGAACAGUUGAUGGCGACACUAAGAAAACUACGCCGACAGAUGGACAUCAUUGUGUCGGAAGUGUCAAUGAUCCGUGAUAUUCGUGACCGAGAGAUUCGAAUCUACACUGAUGCUGGACGCAUUUGUCGGCCGCUUUUGAUUGUCGAAAAUGGAAGUUUGUUGUUAAGAAAAAAUCACGUCGAUAUGCUGAAGGAUCGUGAUUACAACAACUAUGGUUGGCAAGUUUUGGUCGCGUCCGGUGUGGUUGAAUACAUUGAUACCCUCGAGGAAGAGACCGUAAUGAUCGCAAUGACUCCCUAUGACUUGAAACAAGAUAAGGAGUAUGCAUACUGUACAACUUACACGCAUUGCGAAAUUCACCCGGCCAUGAUUUUGGGUGUCUGUGCGUCAAUUAUACCGUUUCCCGAUCAUAACCAGAGUCCUCGUAACACCUAUCAAAGUGCUAUGGGUAAGCAAGCUAUGGGUGUUUACAUAACAAAUUUCCACGUCCGGAUGGACACUCUUGCUCACGUACUCUACUAUCCAAUGAAACCGCUUGUUACCACCCGAUCUAUGGAAUAUUUGCGUUUCCGAGAGUUGCCUGCCGGCAUUAACUCAAUCGUCGCUAUUCUCUGCUAUACCGGAUACAAUCAGGAAGAUUCUGUUAUUCUAAACGCAUCGGCCGUUGAACGAGGGUUCUUCCGAUCGGUGUUCUACCGUUCGUACAAAGAUUCCGAAAGCAAGAAAAUUGGCGAUCAGGAGGAACAGUUCGAGAAGCCAAACAGACAAACGUGCCAGGGUAUGCGGAAUGCGCUGUACGAUAAGCUCGACGAGGACGGAAUAAUUGCGCCUGGGCUGCGUGUUUCCGGGGAUGAUGUUGUCAUUGGAAAAACUAUUACACUUCCGGAAACCGAUGAUGAUCUGGAUGGUACCACAAAACGUUACAGCAAACGAGAUGGGUCUACUUUCCUGCGGAACUCGGAAACCGGUAUCGUGGAUCAGGUCAUGUUGACACUAAACAGUGAGGGGUAUAAGUUUUGCAAAAUUCGUGUCCGGUCGGUACGUAUUCCUCAAAUCGGUGACAAGUUUGCUUCACGCCACGGUCAAAAAGGAACCUGUGGUAUCCAAUAUCGUCAAGAGGACAUGCCGUUCACCUGUGAGGGUCUUACCCCCGACAUUAUCAUCAACCCCCACGCCAUUCCGUCACGUAUGACAAUUGGUCACUUGAUCGAGUGUAUCCAGGGUAAACUGGGCUCCAACAAAGGCGAAAUUGGUGACGCUACUCCGUUCAACGAUGCCGUCAAUGUGCAGAAAAUCUCUACCUUCCUUCAGGAAUACGGCUACCAGCUGCGUGGUAACGAGGUAAUGUACAAUGGUCACACGGGACGCAAAAUCAAUGCCCAGGUGUUCCUUGGCCCGACUUAUUAUCAACGCCUAAAGCACAUGGUGGAUGACAAAAUUCACUCACGCGCUCGUGGACCGGUGCAGAUUUUGGUACGACAACCCAUGGAAGGUCGUGCCCGGGAUGGAGGUCUUCGUUUUGGGGAGAUGGAACGUGAUUGUCAGAUCUCUCAUGGUGCGGCACAGUUUCUGCGGGAGCGUCUGUUUGAGGUUUCCGAUCCGUAUCGAAUACAUGUGUGCAACUUCUGCGGACUGAUUGCGAUUGCCAACUUGCGAAACAACACAUUCGAGUGCAAGGGUUGCAAAAACAAAACCCAGAUUUCGCAAGUCAAGCUACCUUAUGCGGCCAAGCUUUUGUUCCAGGAACUCAUGGCGAUGAACAUUGCGCCACGAUUGAUGGUAUUGUAAGACACGUUGCAAAAUAAGUAUCUAACGACGGUAUCUAGUUUUGUUUUUACGUAAUGAAAUACAUGUUUUACAUCUAUAAUACA